AUGGCUGGAGUUUAUAGAGAGUCGACCCGCGUCUACCGGGACCGAGCCGACUCAACUUCAUCCGAUGAAGGUGGAUUCAAGAAGAGAACAACUGUCCGCCGUUACAAAGUCGCCCCUAGCCGUGUUGAAACCCUUGAGAGGAUCGAACGCGAGCGUGUAGAGCUUGACGACGACGAUCGCCGAUCACGAUAUUCCAACUAUCCCCCCCCUCUGCGUACUUCCGGCGAAUUUCCCUAUGCCGAGCGCCCCCGCUCUGCCUUUGAUUCCCGGAGCCAGGUUGUCGAACGUCAAGUUAUUGAGCGCGAGCGCGAGGUCGAUCCCUACAGAACCGACUCUCGCAGCGUCAUCUACGAGAAGGACUACGAGCGGGAGCGCCGCUUCGACGACAACCGCAGCGUCAUCGAAGUUGAGCGUGAUCGCGAUUGGGACCGCCGCUCCAACCGCCCGUGGGAUCACCACCACCACCACCAUCAUCACCAUGGCGACACCGAAGUCGUCGUGGAUAAGCGCGUAGAGCGUCGUGAGGAUGGCGAUGUUCAGGUUGAGAAGCGUAUUGAGGAGUAUCGAGACGAUCAUGGCGGCGCAGAGGUCGAAAAGUACCGUAAGGAGACCGAAUAUUACUCCCCCGUCAGCCCCCCGCCUAUCCCCCAGCCCGUCAUCAUUCGACAGAAGGCUCCUGAGCCCCAACAGAUCAUUGUCCAGGAGGCUCCUCCGCCAGCUCCUAUUGUUCUUCCCCGCCAAGAACCCAAUAUCGUCGUCUUGAGAGAGCGCGAACAACCAAUGGUCCGCCGUGACCCCCGAGAGGAUGAGUACUAUUACCGCCGUGAGACCAAGACUGUCGGCCGCCACCGGGACGAUCGCGAGUACUACUACGACCGCCGGGGACGUGGCUACGCCAGUGAUGAGGAAGACUACCACUACAAGAAAACCAUCAUUCGACGUGAGAGAAGCAACAGUUCCGACCACCACCACAAGCGCCACCUUGCCGAGGGUGCCCUUGCCGGAGCUGGUAUUGCUGCUCUCGCUGCAAGCCGUAGAGACAGCCACGGUGAGCUCCCCGUCAAUCGUGGAAGCAAAGUGCUCGCUGGUGCCGCGCUCGGAGGUCUGGGCACUGAGAUCAUCCGGCGUGCACGCAGCGCGUACGAAGAAAACUAUGGGGAUGACUACUAUGACCGUCACCACGGAUCUCGAUCUAGAUCACGCAGCCGCAGCUCCAGGAUCAAAACUGGUCUUGGCAUCGCCGCUGCUGCUCUCGCGGUAGCCGGUGCCGCCAAGUACAUGCAGAGCAACAAGAUUGAAAAGGAAGAGGCCACCCGCGGCCGAAGCCGUGGCAGAGGCUACUCUGUCUCUAGCUACUCGGUGUCUCGAUCCCGUAGCCGCAGCCGCAAGAGCCGCAGCCGUUCUGUCGCCAAGGCUGCCGCCGCAACUGCCGCCGCCGCCGGUUUGGUGAAGCACUUCCGUGAUAAGUCCAAGUCGAAGUCCCGUAGCCGAUCGCGGUCCAAGUCUCGUCUGAGAACCGGCGCAGAAAUUGCAGCGGCCGGCUUAGCCGGAGGCGUCGCCAGCAAGAUCUACAAGAAUCGCAAGGACAAGAAGGAGCGCGAGAUUGAGCGCGAACUGAGCGAUGAGGAGUAUGAGGAGGAUCUCCGGCGGGAGCGGCGGCGCUCACGUCGCCGGUCGCGCAGCAGGUCCCAGGCCCGCUCUCUAUACUCGGAGCCGCGCAACGCUGAUACCGAGCUAGGCUUAGUUGAGUACGGAACAGCUCCGCUGCCGUCCGAGCCGCCCUACCCGCCGGAUGACGGGUAUGAGUCUGCAGCGAACGAGAGGCGACGACGUCGACACCGGGAUGGACGCGAUGACCCCGAGCCGGCGCAGAAGAGAAGCAAGAGUCGAUUGAGGGACAUGGCGGCGGCAGCGGUUGGGACAGGGGCCGCUGCUAUUGGUAUCAAGCAGUAUCAGAAAAAGAAGGAGAAGGAAGAGGACGAUAGGAGAUCGAGGGAAAGGAGCGCACGAUCCCGUUCCCGUGAUCGAUCAAUCUCGCGCGACAGAGCUUAUUCACGGGACCGGGCUUCAAGGGACCGAGUUUCAAGAGACCGUGCCUCCAGCGGAGAACGGCCACGAAACAGGGAACGCGAGCGGGACCGCAGACGAUACGAAGAUGAUGCUCGAGCCGGGCAUUACGAUGACUACAGCCGUCCGCCGUCGCCGCCACACGCGUCGGGCGGCUCGUACUACCCAACUGCGACUGGUGCUGCUGCGGGCUUCACUCAACACCCAAACAUUUCGACAACGAACUUGCGGGACCAAUACCCGCCGUACCCUCAAGAUUACGGGCCACCGAUGGGACCGUCUCCACCUAUGGCCACGGGCGGCGCUAGUGGAUAUCCUCCGCCUCCGCCCGCGGGAGGUCCUCCUCCGGCAGGCGGCCCACCGCCCGGAACGAGGUUCGGCCCUGACCAUGUGAGUGAAGACAUAUCUCGUAGCGCCUCACCGCAAGAUGCCCAGCCAGUCUCUCUGGGUCCUGAGGAUGGUGUAAAAUGGCGAGAGCGUGCUAAAAAGUUCAUACCGCCUGAGGCCCUUUCUCGGUCUCGUUCUCAAUCGCAGCCCCGCUCGCGGUCUGCAUCACCGUCAUCUUCCUCUGUAUCCAGCGCAGAGUCAGUCAAGCGUCCACACUCUGCUUCAAAAUCAGUCACCUUCAUCCCUUUGUCUCCUAAAUCGUCACAGACCAUGCACCGGCAUCGUAAGGAACAAGAAGUGGCUGCGGCUGAAGAGGAGGAGAAGGAGAAGCAGCCACCUUCUCUGAGUGAGGAGCAAUUAGCAACCAUCCGGCCUGUUCUUAACCGCCGACGGUCCUCGUCGGACCCCUCCGCCAAUCAUCCACUCAUCCGCCAGAAGAGGCGUGGCAUGGAAUUCCCUGUGAUGGACUCCGAUAGUGAAGUAGAGGUGCUUCCCGAUCGCUUUGACUCUCAUGGACGUCCUCUGAACGGUAGCACAGGCGCAAUGAGAUGGCGGCAAGGCAACUUUGAAUCGCGGCCCCGCAACGGCAACGGCUGGCACACGAGCGGCGCAUGGGCCGUCGGCGGCACGGAUGACGACUCAGUUCAAAAGAUCGCGAGCAACAUUGAAGGCAUGAUUAGCGGGCAUGGCAGCUGGAAGAGUCUCUUGAAGGACAUGGUUGGCGUUGUGCAGGAGGUGCAGCAUGGAGGGCAGCGAAGGAUAGAAGACGACGCGAGCGAAGAUGAGGAUCUCGACCGAAGACGAAGGAGAAGGAGGAGGAGGAGCGGAUAA